UCUCUCAAAAAACAUCGCCACCUCCACCUGGAGAACGGGGCGUACCGGUGCUCCGACUGCGGGAAAAAACUCACUUCCAACUCAGCUCUUAUCAUCCACCGGAGGAUACACACCGGGGAGAGACCCUACGAGUGCCCCGACUGCGGGAAAAGCUUCAUGGCCAAGAAGUCCCUCAACAAGCAUCGCAAGAGCCACACGGAAGACGGGGUCUUCAUCUGUCCUGACUGUGGGAAAAAACUCACUUCCAAGUCCACCCUCAUCAUCCACCGUCGAAUACACACCGGGGAGAGACCCUACGAGUGCCCCGACUGCGGGAAAACCUUCAUGGCCAACAAAUCGCUCAGCAAGCAUCGCAAGACACAUGCGGAGGAAGGGACCUAUAAUUGUCCCGAGUGCGGGGAAACCUUCCCCAAAAACUCAGCCUUCGUAGUCCAUCUCAGGACCCACAGGGGCCAGCCCCCCUAUCUGUGCUCCAACUGCGGGGAAGCUUUCUUUGAAAGCUCAUCUUUUAAGCGACACCAGAAAAAGCACUUGGUAGAGAAACCCCACCAGUGCUCCAACUGCGGGAUCGCCUUCACCGUCCAGUCGGCCCUCCUCCUCCACCAGAAGAGCCACAUAGGACCCAGACCCUACGUCUGCUCCGACUGUGGGAAAGCUUUUCGGGAGAGCACCACCCUCCGUAGGCACCAGCGUAUCCACACGGGUGAGAAACCCUACCAGUGCUCUUACUGCGAGAAGAGCUUUCGGGCCAGCUCCACCCUCAUCAUCCACCAAAGGAUCCACACUGGGGAGAAACCUUAUAAAUGCACCAAAUGCACCAAGUGCUUCAUGUCCAGCUCUUCCCUCAUGAAGCACCUGCGGACGCACCUCCGCAAGGAGCUGCUGAUGGGUCCCAAACAAUGA